GCAGUGAAUCACACCCUGAUCACACCUGGCGUUAAUCAGCUGCAGACUGGUCCUAAUAGGCGGCCCUUAGGAGACGCAGCUUCAGUCCUCUGUACCCUCUGUGGGAUCUGUCCUCCUAACAUUCAACAUGAAGGUUUCAGGACUUGUCGCUGUGUUUUUACUCCUCUGUGCUGACGGAAUCAGCUCCGGGACCUCGUCUCAUCCUAAACCGUCCUGCCGUUACCCCCCCUCUCAGUGGUGCAGGUCCCUGGAGAUUGCAAUAGCCUGCAAGGUUCAGAAGCAGUGCAUGGAAGUAAACGCAACCAGACCGAACCAGUCCGUCCCUCCAGUGUCCGUCACCCUGUACUACGAGAGUCUGUGUCCAGCAUGCAGAGUCUUCAUCACACAGCAGCUCUUCCCCACAUGGACCAUGCUGCAGGACAUCAUGACUGUCACUCUGGUGCCAUACGGGAACGCAAAGGAGAUUCCGUCUGCAAACUCUCCGUUCACCUGUCAGCACGGAGACCCUGAGUGCAGAGGGAACGUGAUAGAGGCCUGCAUCAUCCAUUUAACCGGACACUCAGCAUUUCAGAUCGUCUACUGCAUGGAGUCGUCUGCAGAUGUUCUUACUGCUGCCAAACCUUGUCUGCAGCUGUACGCUCCGUCCGUCUCCUGGUCCAGCGUCGACUCGUGUGUGAAGAAAGGUCUUGGAAACCAGCUGAUGCACGCCAACGCUGCCAUGACCAGAGCUCUGAGUCCCGCGCACACACACGUCCCCUGGGUCACGUUUAACGGGGAGUACACAGAAGAGAAUGAGGACAAGGCAAUGUCGUCCCUGUUUCGUUUGGUGUGUCAGCUCUACAAGGGGGUGAAGCCUCCAGUGUGCACCGGAGCCACAGUCAAACUGAACAGAGGCUUCAGCUGAACACAGAGAAAUCACACCAACUAACAUCUUCAUCUUAUAACCAACAUGUGGACGCUGAAUCAUCAGGUGUUUGUACUCGCCUCACAUAAAGCUCUUCAUUGACCUCCCAUUUAACACAUGUACUUUAUAACCACACAAGUAAUAAACACUGAAAUGACGUGAACACACACA